CUUCCUGCCUGUAUCAAAUUCCCUGACGUGCGUCUGAAUCAGCAGCCUGAUCUUCUUCCUCCUUCCUUCUCCUUCUCCUUCUCCUCUCUCUCUGCUCUGACCUGCCGAUGCGCGUGCGGGUUUCUUGCUUGUUGCCUGACAGAGUGGAGAGAGAGAGAGAGAGAGAGAGAGAGAGAGGAGGGAGGAGGAGAGAGAGAGGAGAGAGAGUGCGAACAAAGACUGACAGAUAAGGAAACGGGCGACGUCGACAAUGGACGUCGUCCUUUCUAUAUAAGCUGGUCGAAGCGUGGUUCGAGGAAUUCCGGUUGGGUCGAGCGAGCCUUCCUCUCCGUGUCUCUGCCUCCGUCUCUCUAUUGGGUUGUUGAUUUCAAGACAAUAAUUGAAACUGCGCAACGGAAGUUGACGCCUUUGCAUCUCGCGGAUCGGUUCUUGACUCAUAUUCGAGGGGAUUGCCCAGAGGGUGUUUCUUGGCAGAGAAGCUGUCGCUUUUCCUCCUCCUCCUGCGGAUAAAUAUUCUGUAUUGCCUUCGGCAUUGGUUCCGUUCCUACAGUUUUGUUGGAGAGGAGACCCGAUUUGCGCCGGCUUCCAGAGAUUUAAAGAAGCAGAAAGUGUCCGAGGUUCGGACAGGAUCAAAUUUGGAUCGGAUCGAGUCGAAUCUGUUCUUGCAUCGUAUCCGGGUUUUUUUGUUUCUUCUCCGGGUAUCUCCGGAUCGGAAAUUGGAGAAUAAUCAGAAACAGAUGGGAGGGAUCGACACAAACAGCAAUGAUACAUUGAUCAUUGCACGGACUGGUCUCCCGGCAGCACCUCCAUUACCUGGUCCGACCCUGACCAAAUGUGCCAGGAAGAGACUGCAAACGGAGGGAGUGCCUCAAAGAGGCAAUUGCUGCAUCUCGACAACAGCAAUCGAUCUCUGGGAGCGACUUUUUGAUGAAGGCCAUAAAGCAGAUGUCCAAUUUCACACUGACGAUGGUGGUGUCGUCUAUGCACAUGCUUGUAUAAUUAGCAUGGCUUCUCCAGUAAUGAAAGGCAUGCUAAAGAAAUCUAAACAAAAGGGUCGUUAUCAAAUAUUAUCGGUUGGUGGAGUUCCUCAUGAUGCCAUUCGUGUUUUUGUUCGAUUCUUGUACUCAUCCUGUUAUGAAAACCAAGACAUGGCUGACUUGGUUGUGCCUUUACUGGUGCUCUCACACUCGUUCGUGGUUCCUCAGCUCAAGCAGAUCUGUGAGCAGCAACUCGAGCAGGGUCUACUUAACAUGGAGAACGUCAUUGACAUUUUUCAGCUUGCGUUGCUCUGUGAUGCUCCUCGUCUUAGCUUCAUCUGUCACCGCAUGAUUGUGAAGAACUUCAAGGAUGUGUCAGAGACCGAAGGAUGGGCUGCGAUGAAGCAGAGUCACCCCUUCCUAGAAAAAGAGCUACUAGAGUGCGUCGCUCACGAAGAAAACCAAACAAAGGAGAGGAUCAGAAGGAAGAAUGAGAGGAAGAUCUAUUUGCAACUAUAUGAAGCGAUGGAAGCUCUAGUUCAUAUUUGUAGAGACGGGUGUCGAACGAUUGGGCCCCAUGACAAAGUCUUCAAGAAGGACCAGCCGCCGUGCAGCUUCGAGGCUUGCAAGGGCCUAGAAUUGCUUAUCCGCCAUUUUGCGGGCUGCAAGUUACGGGUUCGUGGUUGCAUCCACUGCAAGCGAAUGUGGCAGCUGUUGGAGCUGCACUCCCGUCUCUGCUCCGAUUCAGACGUUUGCCGAGUCCCUUUGUGCAGGAACUUCAAGGACAGGAUCAACCAACAGAACAAGAAGGACAAGACCAAGUGGGGAAUACUUGCGAGAAAGAUCUUGAGGACGAAGACCAUCGGGGUAGCGCCGUUUUUUACAUCGGUAUAUGGGAGUUAAUUUGGAGAGCAAAUCCCGGGUUUCUGUGGGAUGUCAAUCCAAGUGUAAUAUGUAAUGUUUAUAUGCAAUGAGAAGCCAGCACCAAAUCUGGUGGUUUUGGAUGCCUCUUGAUCGACAGAAUCAGAAGGAAAGAAAAAUAGAUUGCAUUCUCUUA